UCAAUAUGGCGCGUGACGUCACUCGCGUUCAGUCUUCGGUUUCGGAGGACGGUUUUUCACGGAGGCGUACUAAAGAGGGAAAUUUGUUGCGCGCUGGUUGAUCAUAGGGGUUCGGCGGCAUGACGCUUGUCGUGAGCGCUUUUUGAUAACCGACUGAGGUCUCUGUACAAACCUUAACGUUAACUUGGACUAAGCCAGAAGGGACUAGUCGGUCUCGGGCAAGCAUGGGGAUAGCACGUGUCACCUUCACCGUGACGCACAACGAGCAAACCCCAUACACAGUUGUUGCCUCGUGCGAUCGUCCUACUACUACCACUGUCCUUAUCAUAGAUACUAACACCACUUCUAACACUACCACCGACGACGAAGAAUCUUAUCAUCCCUCUACUGGCCGAUCCUCGAAAAGUAUCCCUCUGACUUGCACCAAACUGUCCGCGAAUUCGCGAAUCGACUUUCUCACGAUGCACCGGUUUCUUUAUAUUCUCGGAGUGCUCGUUAUCGCUGCAUUUAAUUGUCCGGUCGCCAAGGGGGAGGUCUUUACGAAUUCGUUUCUUGUAAAGAUGCGAGAACCAGCUGAGAGACACGUAGCCGAUCAUGUGGCUGCUAGAAAUGGUUUCGUCAAUCUUGGACCGGUCCUGGGCAGCCAGACGGAAUAUCACUUCGUGCACAGGGCCCUACCUCACGCUAGAAGUAAGAGAUCCGUACCUCACACGAGGAGAUUGAAGGUGGAUCCUCUGGUUCACACGGCGGUUCAGCAGGCUGGAUUCAAGAGGGUUAAAAGAGGCUACAAGCCGCUGAGCGUCGACAAUCUGAUACCAUUGCACCAGAUGAGAAACCCUGGUAAUCCAGGAAGCAGGGACCCGACGGAUCCGUUCUUUCAGUACCAAUGGUACUUGAAGAACACUGGUCAGAAUGGCGGCAAACCGAAACUCGAUUUAAACGUGGAAGCAGCCUGGGCGCAGGGAGUCACCGGGAAGAACGUGACCACAGCCAUUAUGGAUGACGGUGUCGACUACAUGCAUCCGGAUCUCAAGUACAAUUACAACGCCAAGGCAUCUUACGACUUCAGUAGCAACGACCCUUACCCGUAUCCGCGAUACACCGACGAUUGGUUCAACAGUCACGGGACCAGAUGUGCCGGAGAAGUGGCAGCUGCUCGGGAUAAUGGCGUCUGCGGCGUCGGCGUAGCUUACGACUCGAAAAUCGCUGGGAUUCGUAUGUUGGAUCAGCCUUAUAUGACGGAUCUGAUCGAAGCCAACAGCAUGGGACAUGAGCCCGAUCUUAUAGACAUCUACAGCGCCUCGUGGGGCCCAACCGACGACGGGAAGACAGUCGACGGUCCCAGAAAUGCAACAAUGAGAGCUAUCGUGCGUGGCGUCAACGAGGGUAGAAACGGCCUGGGCAACAUCUACGUAUGGGCAUCCGGCGACGGCGGAGAAGAAGAUGACUGCAAUUGCGAUGGGUAUGCCGCCAGCAUGUGGACUGUUAGCAUAAACAGUGCUAUUAACGAUGGCCAGAAUGCCCAUUACGAUGAGAGCUGCUCCAGCACCCUGGCUUCUACUUUCAGCAACGGGGCGAAGGAUCCAAAUACAGGGGUGGCUACCACAGACCUUUAUGGAAAAUGCACUACGACGCAUAGCGGAACUUCCGCCGCCGCACCGGAAGCCGCUGGAGUCUUCGCUCUUGCCCUUGAAGCCAAUCCUCAAUUGACUUGGAGGGACAUUCAGCACUUGACGGUUCUGACGUCCAAGAGGAAUUCCUUGUUCGACGCUAAGGGACGAUUUCACUGGACUAUGAAUGGGGUCGGACUAGAGUUCAAUCAUCUGUUCGGUUAUGGCGUCCUGGAUGCUGGCGCCAUGGUGGCCUUGGCUAGGAAUUGGAAAACUGUACCGCCACGAUAUCACUGCGAAGCUGGUUCUGUUUUGCAAACACAGGAAGUGCCUAGCGACCGGUCCAUUCUACUGAAGAUCAAGACGGACGCCUGUGCCGGCACGGAUUACGCCGUGAACUACUUGGAACACGUUCAGGCGGUCAUUUCGGUGAAUGCGACGCGUCGCGGCGACGUGGAACUUUUCCUUACGUCUCCCAUGGGAACGAGAUCCAUGAUCCUAAGCAGAAGAGUGAACGAUGACGAUCAUAGAGAUGGCUUCACAAAAUGGCCGUUCAUGACGACUCACACUUGGGGCGAAUAUCCCCAAGGGGUAUGGUUGCUUGAGGUCAGCUUCAAUUCCCAAACUCCUCAGCACGGCUGGAUCAAGGAAUGGACGCUGAUGCUGCACGGUACACGGGAAGCGCCUUACACAGGAUUGCCAGCAGCCGAUCCCCACUCGAAACUCGCCAUCGUCAAGAAGGCCCACGAGGAACGUUCCACUGCAAUGUAAACGCCGAAUUAAUAAAAACAACCAACAGCGACAAUUACAACACCCGACACGCGCGCGUUGGCACUGAAAUUGGCUGCGUCGAUUGUAGUAUCCACUUGUCAAGAAAUCUUUAAGACCUCCUGCGUUAUUAUCUAUGUAUUGUCACAAUGGAAGCAUCAUGUUCUGAUUCCUUGUCAGACACUCUGACCAAACUAAAAGAUUUUGGCUAAUCAACAAGAAGUUUCUUAAUUUUAAGUAAAACUCACCACUCUCUUGCUACGGUAUUUACAAAUCAAGGACGAGUCGACGGUGUAAUUUCAGGAUUAAAAAAUACGUCCGCCCUUCUUACCUGAAUCCGUUUACGAUGCCCUCAAUCAAUAUGGAAUCUUUAAACUCUAUAUACCCUAUAUACCCUAUUAAUUAAAUUUCCUCUGUCGUGCUCUACCGCGAAACAGUAUCCUCGUUAAGAAAGUUAUCUCGAUAGUUCUCUGCUAGUUCGAUGAUCCUAACGUCACGUGCUCUCGUGCAGAAGACAAAUACGUUCGAAGUUAGUCAACACUGAUUCGACGUUUCUAUUUUAUCGGAAUCUUAAGUAAAACCGCCCUUAAUACGUCACACGAGUAACUAUCAGUAUUAAGGCGAUAGCCAAUUUCAUUACCUUUAUCUUAUUUAUGUUUAGUCCUCUAAUGCCGUUACGAUUAUCUUAUAUGAUAUCAGGGGAAUGACGAUGGUUUUAUCAAGAAAACCGGGGUGCAUGUGUCAGAGGUUGGACUCCCGGUUUUGUCACGGACCUUCCUGAAGAAUAGAAAUUUACAGCCACUCUAUAGUACAUGAUUAUUAUUAUUGUUGUUGUUAUUAUAUAGACAGGGAACACGAAGCAGACCGAGAAUAUUUACACAUAUAUAUAUAUUAUAUAUGUAUGAAUAAAUAUAUACACGCAACCACACAAGGCCGAUCGAUUAUUCUAUGGAAAUUACCAGUCAUCCGGUUAUAGAAAUCAUACCUAUAAUAACUUAUUAUAGAGGAUCAGAAUUCGAACCAAAACUGCUUCUCAGUACGAGGGAGAUGGGACGGAGUUAUUAUUAUAAUACACACCUAAAUACAUUAAAAGAAGGUCCAAUAGAAGACGAAGAUAAAAAAGGAAAUAUAUAUAUAUAUAAUAUAAUGAAAAAUAUAAUAAGAAAAUAAGGAAAAACUUAUGACGUAAUUAUCGUGUCGAGCGUAUUUGUUAUGUUGAGGUGAGCGCGAGUGCUCGAACGUAAAAUGUUGAGACAGAUAAAAGUUUAUUUUCAUCGAGUGAAACGAAGCUUAUGGGAUAAAAAAGAGAAGAUGAGAUAUGGAAGAAUAGCAGAGAUACGUCGAGUUGGAUGCGAGAGAAAUUGCGUAACUUGUGUAGAUACUCUAGAGAUGUAGCGAUCAAGAUUUGAAAUUAAAUAUAUAUAUAUAUAUAUACGUAUAUAUAUAUAUAUACAUAUACAUAUAUAUAUAUAUACCUAUACAGUUGAACUGAAUUUAAUCAACCUUAUUCUGUACGAUGUACGUGGGUGAAUAAAAUCUUUAUUUUUGUUUUG